UUUCCCCACCUCCCUCCCGCCUUACCUCCCUCCCUCUGUACCUCGCUCUGUCUCCCAGCAUGCAUACAGAGGGGAGGGAGAAAGUAUAGGGCAGAAGAAGAAAAAAAAGUGAUAAGCAGCUUCUGGUUUAGCUUCUAAACACAUUCCUGCUGAAUCAGGGUGUGUGUCGCGCUGAGCAGACACGGCACAGCAUUCACUCGAUCUCUCUCUCUCUCUCUCCCCUGCAUAGCACACAGACGCCGGCGUGCGACUCGCCGCAGAACCAAACAAAGCCGUUCCUACGUGGUUGAAGGGUAAAAACUCGGUGUAGCGCGCAACAGACGCUCCGCUAUAAGCGAAGAGGAGGGACACUUGACCGGCCGGCAAUCCAGAACCCAGAGCACCUGGAGGGGGUCCCACCUCCGCUCACGUCCGCUGGGAAACACACCCUCGCUCCUGACAGCUCACACACAACAACAAGGAGAGGCCUGACGGGACGAGGGGAGCUUCACCCCACCUCUCCCUCCCUCUCUCUCCAUCUCUGUGUCGGCAGCGGUGGAGGUCCACUCGCAUCUGUCCAUCCCUCAGCUCCGGUCUCGCAAAGGUGUACCGCUGCAGUCAUGUCAGAGGGGGAGGAGUGCCGCUCUCCCAUCGGCCUGGACUGCUGCUCCUGCUGCCUGGACCUGGCCAACUGCGACGACCUGGCCGCCGGUGGGGUCCAGUCCCGGGGCCGACAAGGCCACGGCGCCCCACUGAUAGGAAGCCCCAGCCCCACGUCCGUCAACAACUUCCGCCAGUUCCGGGAGCAGCUGACGUUCCAGAACCAGAACCUGAACACGGACAAGCUGAGCAACAUGAUGAGGCAGGACUCCCUGGAGUCGGUUGUCAGGGACCCCUGCUACCUGCUCAACGAGGGCAUCUGCAACAGCAACAUCGACCAGACCAUGCUGUCCAUACUGCUGUUCUUCCACAGUGCCUCUGGUGCUAGCGUUGUUGCUAUCGACAACAAGAUCGAACAGGCAAUGGAUUUGGUGAAGAACCACCUGAUGUAUGCGGUCAGGGAGGAAGUGGAGAUCCUCAAAGAGCAGAUCAAGGAGCUUGCUGAGAAGAACAACCAGCUAGAGCGCGAGAACAGCCUCUUAAAGAACCUGGCAAGUCCGGAACAGCUGGAGAAGUUCCAGGAACGGGUUCCGUCCGAGUCUGACACCAUGGUUCCACUGCAGCUGGACAGCCAGUACCAGCGCCAGGCCCAGAUGGGGCUUCGACCCCUGACCCCCGACCAGGCCUGUCCCAUCAGCGCCGGCUCCGCUGUAUAAGUGGCUCUGCUUUGGGACGAGCAGAGCCAGGAGUCAAGUUCCAAUUGUUAACUAAUCGUCUCUGCCGACUUCAAUGAAGCUGUCUGUAAAAGAUGAUGAAACGCCGUGUUGUUGAGAGCAACACGAAAAGACGCUCCAACUUGCGGCCGUAGGCGGCUAUAAGCAGAAAUAAGCCGUCCUACCACACCUAGACUAUCUCUCUUUAGACAAAAGCGCUAAACGAGAGGGCUCACUUAGUAGCCAGCGGGAGAGCGCUUGCAUUGCGACAGAGGAGUGGCUCCGACCUGCAGGACCCAGGAGGGCCAACCCUCGCCCCUCUUUAACCCCCACCCCGCUACAGAGGAAGGGGGACUAAGGGCUAAGAGACUGGGCUGACCCCGGGACCUGAUCUUGGGGACACCACUUCCACGCCGGGGUGGCCUGUUCCCUCAGCUUCACCAGGUCCAGCCGAGGAAAAAUAGACCAAGAAGCCCCCGCCCCCGUCUCCACUAUUUCCAAAGAGUGGGUUGACUUCGUCGGACUUUCUGAUAUCACAAGCUCUGUGCGGUUCACACAAGAGAGUCAGUCGUCCGUAGCAAGGCUGCUCCUACCUAGCACUGUCUACAGUACUUUUAGUCUUUAUCACUAUCACAUAUCAAAUGGAAAUAAUUAAACCUAAGCUUCAGUCAAAAAAGUAGAGGAAGAAGAUCUAGGAGCUGUUGGAAUGGGCCUGCUGGGUCUUCAGCCUCAUGUGCUGACUGAUUACCGUAAUAAUGAUUCAUAACAGCGUUGCUUGUAUUCUGUGCAGUUGGGGUGUGCUGCUUAUUAGGGAGGAUUCUGCUAUUCUACUUUAGUUUUGUGAUUCUGAAUAAAAUCGAAUUGUUGUUAAUAGGAGCAUGUUCAGUUAAAUGAUUUAUUAGGAUGGAAGUAUCUACUACCUAUUUUGUCUUAUCUCUGUACAAUUUACUACAGUUUUACAAAAGUGAGUAUUACGUUGCUAAGUAGGCAGGAGAUGGAUUUGAGCAGCUGGUGUCAUACAGGCUGCCAAUGCAAUCCUGACCUAUGGAACUUUUUGUGUUCUGCAUGUUCAGGUGCGAACUUCAACUUGAAACAAUGGCAUGACAACAGUGCCUAUCUCCACAACAGAAACCAUGUUGCCAGAAUGGACUUGUUGUGUAACUACCAAAGACUUUGACUCAAAAUGAAACCAAGAAUCCUGGACCAUGUGUACAUCUUUGUUCACAGGGAGAACUCUUGAUAGGAGUAAUGUUGUUUUUUUAACGUUGGGUAUUGUUGCCGUAUUGUAUCCAUGAUACAGGUCUUUUUCAGAAUGUGAUGGAUGCGAAGUGCACAUUUGCAAUAAACCUUAUGUUUACAUAAAAUA